AUGGCCUCCUCACUAGAUCGCCAGCAGCUCGGGCCGCAAAUGUCGGCACCAAACAGACACGCCAACCAUCCUGAUCGUUACGACCAUCCACCCAUGCCACACCACCUCGCCCAAGAUCCCUACCAGAAUGGCCCAGCAGGCUACCCGCCCGGCCCGUCCUAUCCUUCCCGCGUCGAUCCUGGUCGUCCACCCGUGGGUAUGCACCACCAUCGCCCUCCUUCGCCUCCUCCGAUGUCUCAUCGCGAUCCCCGUGCGGGCAUGGGUCCGCCGGGUCCUAACGGCCCUCCUCCUCCGCCGCCCGGCAUGAUGGGCAUGCCACCAGACGACCGUUACGCCAUGCCACCUUACCACCGUCCCAGCCCAGGCCCGCACCCGCCUUCUCCGUCUUGGCAGAAUCAGCAGCUUUACCAGGGUCCUCCACCACCGGGCGCUUCGUCACUACCGCCUCACCUCCAUCAGCCUGCGUACAACAAUGUGCCGCCUCAGCACCGCGGCUCGCCGCACAUGGCUCCUCACAUGCCCUUGCCGCCGCCUCACCACGCUGCUGGCCCUCCACUGCCUGCUCACAACGUCGCAGGUGGCCCUGCCAGCGCCAUUUCUGAAUCUCACGCCAAGCAUCUCGCCUCGCCCGCCUCGGCCAGCCGCAAAUCGCCCAAACCGGCGGGCAAGAGCAACCGCAAGGAGAAAAAGGAAAAGGAUGCCGCAGCUGCGGCUGGAGGCUCAGCCGUCAUGGCCAAAAAUGCAAGCUCAGAGACUGCGGUCUCCAAGCGCGGUGCUGCCAAGGCCGAAAAAGCGGCUGCGGCUGCUGCUGCAGCCGCCGCUGCAGCUGCCAAUGCACCCAACGCCGGUUCUGCUGCUACGGCAGCGUCCCAGGCCGCCCACGACGCCAAUGCACCUGCUGCCACCGAAAGCAAGAAGGACAAGAAGCGCAAGGAAGUCAUCGAUCGCAUCCACCGCAUCCACUUUGAAACCAUCGAGAACCGCGAGAAUUUAUACCAAGAGCUCUACCACGCGCUGACCUCGUCCUACGCCACGCUACUUUCCAACCCGGCCCGGUCAAGACACUACACGCUCGAGCUCACGCGACUCACUCUGCAGCGCGAUGCGGCGUUGCGCGAGACUGCUUUGCUGCAUGCGCACCAGCUCGAAUCGGCGCGACUUGCCUACGAAAACGAAAAGCACAAGGUGGACGAAGAAGCUCGACUGGCCAAGCGUGGUGCGCGCGAAAAGCUGCUCGCCGUCGUCGAAGCCACCAAGAAGCGGCUGCAAGAGGAAAAGGAAGGAGGCGACGUGGCGGUGGACGCCUUCUUUGAUAGUGCGCAGCGUCCGCACACUACGCGCAAACUGCGCAACAAGGCAUCCGGAAAACGUGGAGCAGCGGGUGGCGCUGCAGCCAAUGACGAUGAAAGCGAUGCUCCUGGAUCUGCUGCGCGUGGCGCCAACGGUCACAGUGGGGUGUCGGGACUGGGCAUCGCCAGCGGGCUGCAAGAGCUCAUUGCGCUUUCUGGCUUUGGACGCGACGAGGUGGGUGGUGGUGGACGUCUGGCACUCAGCUCGACACUUGAUCUCGGUGGGCUCGGCUUGACGUUUGGUGGUGGCGGCGAUCUGCUCUCGGGAGCGGGAAUGGGCGAUAGCAGCUACAUGGGUGGUGGUGGUCGCAAUCUCAGUGUCAUAGGCGGUGCCAACGGGACCAUCGGCGGCGUCAAGGGCAGCAGCAAGAAGAAAGGUGCUUCCAAGGCGGCGGCUGCCGCUGCCGCUGCCGCUUCUGCCGCUGCUGCUCGUGAAGCCUCUGCCACGGGCGGUGACGAUGACGAGUCCAACAGCAGAGUCGCCGCCGCCGCCGCCGCCGCCGCCGCAGCAGCAGCAGCUGCAGCAGCAGUAGUGACGACGUCGGGAGGCAGGUUGCGGUGGGAUGCGGGUAAAUCGCUCAACCAGCUGACGCCAGCUAAGGACUUUGAGAUCGAGUCGGACCUGAUCAACAUCCGCAAGACCAACGGCAAGCGUGCUCGACGCAAGUGA